UGCAAAAACAAGAAAAACACUUUUUUCUGUUUCAGUUAUCUCUUCCACAACCAACCUUCAAAGAAACUCGCACAGAAACAAAAACAGAACCUCCAAUGAAUCUCCGAUCUCCAUGUACUCUCUCCACUCCCCUUCACCGGCUGUUUCCUUCUCCGAACUCCUCGAAUUCAUUGAACUUCUGCCGUAGAACGACGUCGUCGGAGCUCCAAACGCCGGUCGAACUCACCGGCCGUUCCGGUAGCCAUUCACAGUCGGUUCCGACUCACAAAGUCACAGUACGCGACAGAAAACGUGGACUUGUCCACGAGUUCUUCGUUCCGGAGGACCAGUAUAUACUUCACACUGCUGAGUCUCAGAAUAUUUCGCUCCCAUUCGCUUGCAGGCACGGUUGUUGCACUAGCUGUGCUGUUCGUGUAAAAUCUGGACAAAUUAGACAGCCUGAAGCAUUAGGGAUAUCUGCAGAAUUGAAAUCUAAGGGCUAUGCACUUCUUUGUGUGGGAUACCCAUCCUCUGAUAUUGACGUUGAAACACAAGAUGAGGACGAGGUGUAUUGGCUUCAGUUUGGAAGAUAUUUUGCCAGAGGACCGAUAGAAAGAGAUGACUAUGCUUUGGAGUUAGCUAUGGGUGAUGAGUAAGCUAUGUUAGAUUGCUGAAUUAGAAGUGAUGAUUCAUAAGUGAAACAUGAAGAUGUAUAAUAUUUUCCCAUUCCCUUUCCUAAUCAUUGUUUUUAUCGUUUUAUUAAUCCUUUUGCUUCCAUUUAGCCCUUAAUAUUGUACUAUGAUUACUCCGAGUGUCUAUUUCAUGCCAUCUAUGGCUGUCCUUUGGAAUUGAAUGUUGUUUUUGUGGGAGAUAUCAGUGCAGUUCUUUUCCUAGUA